AUGCAGAUCUUUCAGACCUUUCUUCAGAAUUUUCGUGGUUUGUGGAGUAGAAACACAAUUCAAAAGACUCAAUGCAAACCCUCUUUGGAAAUUUUAGAGGACUGCUUUAAGAAAAACCAAGAAAAAGUUGUUUUUGUUUCAUUUGGAAAGAAAGAAGCCAUAUUCAGCAAUAUUCCAGAAAAUUACUUUCUUUUCGUUCAGAAAGAAACGGAUUUCGAUCUUAUUCAUCAAACCAUUCACAAGAUUGUGAAACAUCGAAAUGACCAAACUAUUUCGAUUAGAAUUUUAGGUCAACCAACUCAUUUGAAAGAGGAAAUUCAACAAUUGUUCUUGUCAUUGUUUAAUGUUGUGGAAGAUGGUGAUAAUUCGAGUGACGUUGUCGUGUAUUUUGUUGAAAACAUUGAAACUGUAUACGAAACUGUUUCGGAUAGUCCAGAAAGAGUUUCUAAUGCUUCUGACAAUGAUCCACAAGAAUUAUCUCAUAACUUAUUUGAUAGGGUCACCAACGAACUAAACUCUGACAUUUCCAUAACUGGAAAUUACAACGAGCACGCAGAACUUUUAAGAAAUUGCCUCUCUCGUUUAAUCAACCCAAUUUCAAAGGAGAAGAAACUAUUCUUAUUUAGUUGGAAGAAAGGUCCUCAAUCAACUGUUUUCUUUAGAGAUGAUGGUUAUUUUAGAGAACACAAAGAUGAUCCAUUAUCGAGGGAGAAUUAUUGUGUUUUGUUUCUUCCAAUGGAUAAAGAAAGUUAUUGGAGUUUGAAGAGUGAAUAUUUGAAAUUUGUUCAAUCGACUCAUCCAAAUGUUUCAUUCUUUUAUGUUGAUAGCAUUGGGUCUUUUGAUGAGCGUCAUUUGUCAAUUGAUUUUAUUAAGUGGCUUUCAGGAUAA